UAAGCGCCUUUGGUUGUAACUGUCAUGUACCUCUGUCACAAUAGUAUCAGAGCUGAGACUGGCAGUUAAAACUGGCCUGUUUUUCAAUCUCUAUCUAUAUCCAUGGCCUACCAACAGAGUAUAAACUCAUUACAAAUGCAACAAGAUGUCGUAUCUGGCGAGCAGUAUCGAUAUGCAUUGACAAAUUUCCGCAUAGCACACGAAAAGGUUGAGGAGCAAAGGGCCCAACUUGAGGAACAAGAAAGACAAGUUGCUCAGCUGCGCGCACGAAUCGCACUGCUUGAAGGGGGUUCUGCAGGAGUCGUAGGCAAGUCGGGUAAUUCAGUGGAUGAUUUCUCUAUCAAAAAUGCUGCUGCUCAAUUGGAAAAGAUGAUCAAUAGAUGGGCCUCUGAUAUUGUUCGUAGUUCUCCUGUGUCGCUCAUUGACCUAUGUGGUGCAAUCUUGAACGAUCUGGCAUCUACGAUCACGGAGACCGCGCCUCGUUACGAUGGUUCUUCCAUACAAGUGCAAUCAUUAUUGAGACACAUUAUAUCGGAAACUAUCUCAGAAGGAAUCAUUAAUUGUCUGGUCGUGACAAAUUCACCUGAGGCGAACGAUCAGCUCACUCGGAUUCACGAACACAUCUUUGUCAGAGAUCCAACUAUAGCAUCUGUUUGGAGAAGACAAACAUACUCUGCUGCUGUUGAUAGCUGUUCUCCAGACAUGACGGCUAGUGUCUUGGUGGAACAUAUGCCAGCUCUGUUGAAGUGCAUGGACGGUGCUCUCCCGACUACAGGAGGCAAAUCCAUCAUUGAUGCAGCGUAUGAUUUUUCUCGUAUGAUUCACGGCUCCCAUGCACCGUCAGGAGAUGCAUUUUAUCGUGCGUUUGUUCCUGAGUUAGGCAGCACGCUCUCCCCGCGCCAGAAUGAGUUGGUGAAGCGCUGUAUGAGAAGUGAGGCAGGAAACAUCGACCGUGUAGGAGCCACUGUAUUUCCGGGACUCGUGAAGGUGUCGAGAGGUCCUGCUAUACCCGGGCAGGAGCCAGAGAUGAUUCAGACUGUGGUAAGGCGAGCCCAGGUUAUAUGCGAAUGUGCUUUGACGGGGAGUUCUAUCCCUCCAUCUGCUUCAAUGCUUGCCUGAAGCUUGACGGAACUGACUAUCAUGUAAUCUAUCUACUCUACGGUUG